AUGGACAGAUGGACAGAUGGCCACACGGCUGCCCCGCCCAGGUGGCUGACGGAGUCGGCGCGGUGGCUCCUCAUGGUGGGCCGGUCCCAGCAGGCCCUGAGGGCCCUCCAGAAGGUGGCCAAGAUCAACGGCAGGAGGGAGGAGGGGGACAAGCUCGACAUCCAAACGCUGAGGUCGCAGAUGCAGACAGAGCUGAGGGCCCCACGGAGCCUCCACCCGGUGCUGGCGCUGGUGGGGACGCCGAGGCUGCGCCGCAUCUCGGGCUGCCUCUGCUGCGUCUGGUUCUCCACCAGCUUAGCCUACUACGGGCUGGCCAUGGACCUGCAGGGUUUUGGGGUGGACAUUUACGUCAUGCAGCUCAUCUUCGGGGCCGUCGACAUCCCGGCCAAGCUGCUCUCCAUCCUCACCCUCACCCGCCUGGCGGCGCUUCACGCAGGUGGUGGCGCUGCUGCUGGCAGGGCUGGCCAUCCUGGCCAACAUCCUGGUGCCACGGGAGCUACCGGACGCUCCGCUCAUGGCCCUGGCCGUUUUGGGAAGGGCUCUUUGGCCGCCUCCUUCAACUGCGUCUUCCUCUACACGGGGGAGCUCUACCCCACCGUCAUCAG